AUGGCCAAGUAUAAGCAACAAAAGGCCGAUUCCCAGAAGCGGCCGUUUAAAAAAAGAGAGUCUACUCUGCCUAAGCGGGAAGAUGACAAUAUCAAGCAAUUGGCGGUGGUGCAACCAACAGCUCCGUCUCAGAGAGUUGUUCCUCGUGUUUCUCGCUGGGGUCCCCCGAUUCCGCCUCCGGUUACACCGCAAUGGGGUCCUUAUGGAGUUUGGGUGCCGUAUCCUCUGGCAGCACCCGUGCAUAGCCAACAAAGGUGGGAAGAUCCUGCUGGUUCAAUUCCAAGACCCUCCAUCUUUAGCCGAUUGAACAAUUGUCAAUCGAGCUCUAGCGGUACAAGUCAAGAUCGUGUGAUUACCUCCAGGACUUUGACUCCACAAGAGUCGAGAAAGGCACCAAUGCAGCAAGUUUAUGUGCCUAAGAAGGUUGAGAUCCCCGUCGUUCCCCCACCAAGAGCUAGGCCUCAAUCGGUUAUCACAAUCGGCUCCAUGGAAGCUCCCGUCACUAAUCAUGAUGGGCCGAUUGUAAUCGAAGAAAUUCCGGAUCUAAGCAAGAUGAAGCUCCUAAAGAUGUUUUUGGAGUUGAAGAGAAGAAACGUGUCGAAGGAGAUUCCAAGUACCGGCAACCCGUAUGGUGUCCUCGUGGGUUGA